AUGCCUCGAGUUCGCAAUCCAAUUUUGCCCGGCUUCAACGCCGACCCCUCGAUACUGCGGGUUGGCGAGGAUUACUACAUCGCAACGUCGACCUUCGAAUGGUUCCCCGGCGUCCAGAUCCACCAUUCCAAGGAUUUGGCCAACUGGAGCUCGUCACACAAGUUCUGGCUUGUCUAUACCGACGUGAAACGCAAAGACGGUUCAUUCAAGGACACGCACAACUAUAUCGUCCACGCGCCAGCAAUUGAGGGACCAUGGUCUGAUCCGAUAUACGCCAACUCGUCCGGCUUUGAUCCAUCGCUUUUCCACGAUGAAGAUGGCCGGAAGUGGUUUGUCAACAUGCUCUGGGAUCAUACUAGACGACCUCGCGCCUUUGCCGGUAUCAUGCUGCAGGAAUUUGACGGCAAAGCCGGGAAGCUGGUAGGUCCGAGGAAGAACGUGUAUCGCGGUACAGAGCUCGAUCUCGUCGAAGGACCACAUCUGUACAAACGCAAUGGAUGGUAUUAUCUGCUCACAGCGGAAGGUGGUACAGCUUACGACCACGCCUGUACGCUCGCUCGAUCCCGAGAUAUCUGGGGCCCUUACGAAGACCAUCCGCAGAAAUACGUGAUCACUUCCAAGGAUUCGCCGUUUGCCGCAAUACAGCGAGCGGGCCAUGGAGAUAUCGUCGAGACUCCAGAGGGCAAGACCUACAUGGUUCAUCUUGGCGGGCGGCCGAUCACGCAGAAGCGUCGUUGUAUCCUCGGACGUGAGACCAACCUGCAGGAAGCAUAUUGGAAGGACGACUGGCUGUACGUCAAGAACGGGCCUGUACCGUCCCUGUAUGUCGAAGUCCCGGGCACAUUCGAUGAGCAGUCGUAUUGGGUAGAGAAGCGAUACGACUUCAAGGAUGGCCUGCCUCGGGACUUCCAGUGGCUUCGUACGCCAGAGCCCGAGCGGAUCUUCUCCACAGGCGAGAGAGGUCUGACGCUUAUCGGUCGCGAGUCGAUUGGAUCGUGGUUCGAACAAGCGUUGGUCGCACGAAGACAGACGCAUUUCAGCUAUGAUGCCGAGACGAUUGUGGACUUCUCGCCCGAAGACGAGAGGCAAUUUGCUGGCCUUACGGCGUACUACUGUCGAUACAACUUCUUCUACCUCACAGUAUCAGCAGACGCCAAUGGCAAGAGACAGCUACAGUUGCAGAGUUCGGAGAUCUCGUAUCCAGAAGGCAAACUGGAGACUUUGCCGGAACCUGUUGCGAUUCCGGACACGGGCAAGGUCAGGCUGGCGCUUAGGCUCCGGGGCGACUCACUGCAGUUCUUCUACGCACUGGAAGGCAAAGAACUGGAAGCUAUUGGUCCGGUGUACGCAGCUUCGAUUCUGUCGGAUGAGUGUGGUGGGCAUCAGGCGCACGGCAGCUUCACGGGUGCCUUCGUUGGCGUAGCGGCGUCGGAUCUGAAUGGACUGGCAGCACAAGCUACUUUCGAGUACUUCCUGUACAAGCCGGUCAGAGAUCAGACGGAUCGAUAUGAUAUUUCCGCAUGA